GCUAGUUUUUAGUGAGCAUUCUGUUCUGUUCCUAACAUUGUCCAUAUGUAUUUUUUGUAAGUAGUAGGCAGUAUAGAAUAUAUACAGUGCAAUAAGCAGUAUAGUAUUCUAUUCUGAAUCCAUACGUUGAUACGGACUGCGAGUAACUGGCUACACUAUAACACUCCCACUGGCUGAUACGCGCGCACGGGGGUCGGUGCGCUAUUAAAGCCGCGAGUAGACGCGCAGUGCCAACAGACAGUUCUGUGCUGGAAUACCGGAGACCCGAACGACAUAUGGAUUGAAGCACUUACUUCACAUCCUGACCACAAACCACUUAACGGUGCAAUUGCACGUCUCUCCCAGACCCCGCCGAGAGAUGUGGCUGCUGGAAAAGAUCCGCGGUUCAGUGGAGGGAAACGCUCUCCGACAGGGAGGCUCGGCUGACAAACAGAGCAAAGCCCCCACCUACAGCAACGUCCUCACCCCUGACAAGAUUCCUGACUUCUUUAUUCCACCCAAAUUGGUGUGCUGCCCCCCAGAGGAGGAGACACCGGAGAUGAAGCCAAAAAACGGGCUCCAUUCUUCCACGUCCGACCAGACCAUAUGCUGCAAGACGCCACAGGGCAGUCCGCGCAGCCCGCGCCUCAUUAACAAGCUGGCUGGAGACACCAAGAACUUGCUCAAAGCUGCAAACCGCCACAUUAUCCAGAUUGAGAGUGCAGAUGACUUGGUGAUCGGGGAAGUGGGCGACCUCAACACAAACGCCGACCCCCAGUCCCAAACGGCCAUGUCCUUGCCCUACGUACCCAAAGCACAAACCUCCUACGGUUUCGCCACGCUCAUGGAAAGUCCUCACACGAGGCGUAAAGAGUCCCUCUUCCAUAGUGACCCCACAAGUCCGCUCACCUCGCCCAACACCCAACGCAAGUCGCAGGGCAACCACUUGAACCCCAGCGACUGUAACAUCUCCCAUUCCAACCCCUACCGGUACUUCAGUGGGGGGGAAAGCGACACUUGCUCCUCGGCCGAGUCCUCCCCGUUCAACUCGCCUCUGUUGUCCCGUUCCGCAUCCCUCCUCAAGAUAUUCACCCACGAAACCCAAGCCAAAGUGUCCCGGGCCAAGCGCUCCUUCGCCCGGCACAGUUCUCUCUCCACGGACGAGUGCAGCUCUGUGGAGACCAGCCCGAACAUUCAGAGGCGCUUUCGUUGCCCUCCUUCUCCAGCAUUUCGAGGACGGAAAUACGGAGCCAACAUGGAUCGCUUCACACAGCACACUGUCAACCUCCACAAGGGUGGAACUCUACGCAUCUGCACAGACUACGACAUUGACGCCACCAGACUUCAUGUCCGUGUGCUGGCGGCCGAGGACCUCUACGAUAAGCAGUUCGAUGUGAAGGCCAUCAAUUGUUGCGUGGCUCUGUUCCUGAACCCGGGAAAGCUCCAGAAACAGCGGAGCACCAUUAUCAAGAACAGCCGCAACCCUGUCUUCAACGAGGACUUCUACUUUGACUCCCUUCCUGUUGCGCAGGUGAAAAACCUUGCCAUCAAGAUGAAGGUAGUCAACAAGGGCACCAGUCUGAAGAGAGAUACCUUACUGGGAGAGAGGGAGGUACCUUUGAAGGAGUUGCUUUCUGGGAUCUAGAGGUUAUACUUCAUCUCCCACCGUGGGGCAAACACACCGAUGCGGUCUUCAACUAACAGAACCAGACAAGGAAAUAUCCCAGCUUUGAUUUUGAGUCCUCAAAGGGGUUGGUCCCUUUGGUUGCAAAACUCUCCAACUAACUGUGUGCAGCUUCCUAACAUGUUUACCAGCAGUGAGAGUGUAUGGAUGUGCUGUAUGUGUGAGAUCUUCUGUAUAUACAGCCCAUGAGUGUACAGGCAUGCUUCGAUUGAAUGAGUUCCCAGAUUCGUGUUUGUGUUGAGACCAAUGUCUUCUUGAUUCCAGACCCUGCUGGGUCUCACUGUUGGAGAGACCAAUAGAUAAAAACAGCUCCCCAUCCACAUGACGUAUCUCGACAACAACAGCACAUUCUUGUAGACUGACAUGUUGAAGUCACUUAAGGCCAGAUGCAAAUGCAUGCUUCAUCAGCCGUUUGAGCCUUAAAAAUGACGAGAGUGACAAAUAUAUAUUUUCCCCCCGUAUUGCUAUAAUAACAGUUUCACCUUAUGCCUCUCUAAUUCCACUCUUUAGGGUUUCAGACUGUGGCAGUUCUCUCAGUCUUACUGUAAAACUGGACUUUUUUCUCUCUUUUUGUUGAACACUGAAUCUGUGCGGUUAAAAAUACCCUUCAGCCUUAUUGAGUGACAAGCUGCUCACUUUGAGUGACACGGAACUUCAGAGAGGGACUGAUUCGUGAUUGGACAGAACAUAUGACAUCAUCGUGAAUGUCAAGACAAUGGGAUUUCUGUAAAUAGAAGGCUCUUUUAAAUCUGCUUCUGUGUAGCUGCACCUGAAAUCACUCCCUAUUCCCUAUAUAAUGUUCAAAAUACUACAGGAAACAAAAAGUGCCAAAAAUUACCAUGGUAUUACCACAUUUUUUGGACAUGCUUGUGAUAAUGCCAUGGUAUUUUUUGCAGUAACUUGGAUUGGCAUGGGUUCUUGGGUAUGUACUGUGGUAAUCCCAUAGUUUUGAUAUUUACCAUGGUUAUUUAUAUGAAUAUGGUAAUCAUGCAGUACCAUAGUAUAUAUCAAAGUAUUGUAGUAUUACAAUACCUGAUCUGAUACCAUUGCUUUACCAUCAUCGUUUUUGGGCAUGUACUGUGGAAAUACCUUGCUUUUGGACAAGUACCAUG